UUUGUCCCUCUUCUGCUAAGAGACAAAGACACAGACUUUUGCUUUGUUUAUUUUCUUCUCCUUACACACAAUGGAGGCAAAGACCAUGAAAACUGUGAAGGAAUGGUUCACUUCAUCCCAGGUUGUCUUGAGCAUGAUUCUGGUGCAAGUUCUUAUGACUGGGAUGCAGUUGUUGUCAAGGGUCAUAUUGGUUCAAGGAACUUUCAUUGCUGCACUUAUUGUUUAUCGUCACCUUGUUGCUGCUCUUUGUGUUGCUCCCUUUGCACUCUACUUUGAAAGAGGACAACCUAAGAAAUUAAACUGUGAGGUCUGGUGUUGGCUCUUCGUCAAUGCACUGACAGGGAUGACAAUGGCUCAAGGAUUGUUUUAUUAUGGUCUGCGAGAUACUUCUGCUGCCUACUCUAUGAGUUUUCUGAACUUGGUUCCUAUAAUCACAUUCUUUACCUCUAUCAUACUCAGAAUGGAGAAACUGAAGUGGCAAACAUGGGUUGGUAAAGCUAAGUCUGUUGGGUCAAUUCUGUGUGUUGGAGGAGCAUCACUUGGCAGUCUUUACAAAGGGAAGGAAUUUUUUCUCGGACACCACCUUCAUCGUACUCAUCAAACUGCACCACACAAAACCCACAUGCUACAUGGUACUAUCUUUUUGGUCUGCAGCUGCUUCUCCUACACAGCCUGGUUUAUUGCACAAGUGAAGUUGCUUAAAGUAUUUCCAUUGAAGUACUGGGGAACAAUGCUAGCAUGCAUUCUGGCGGCAAUUCAAGCAGCAGCAGUUGGUGUUUGCUUAGAUUCCAGUAAAGCUGCUUGGAGAUUACAGUGGAAUCUACAACUCAUCACUAUAGUCUACUCGGGUGCACUGGCUACUGCUGCUACAUUCUGCAUAAUAUCUUGGGCAAUAAGAAUGAAAGGACCUACUUAUCCUCCAAUGUUCAAUCCUCUGUCUCUUAUUUUUGUGGCCUUUUCAGAAGCUCUCAUUCUUGGACAACCAUUGGGAGUUGGAACGUUGGGUGGCAUGGUUUUGAUCAUAAUGGGAUUAUACUUCUUUUUGUGGGGCAAAAACAAUGAGAGCCAUGCAGAAGGAACGACCAUGGUGGCUGAUGGGCUCACUGCAACCCAAUCAACAUCCACAGUAGUACCAAGUGCUUCUCCCACCCAUUCUGUCAUUCUUCAAAUUCAAAAAACUCAGAUUAGUUGAUGAUGUUAACGUUAACAUCUUGUGUCUGCAAGUUCAAAAUAAGUUGUCGGCCCUUUCAAUAACCUUUUUGUAACUGCCUAAUUGCAUGUUCCGUCCCUGUUGAAAAUUAAGUCUUAGAAUUAACAUAGUUGAUUUUGAUUUUAAGUAAUUCUAUGUUGGAUUUUAA